AUUCAGAACAACAAUCAUGGCCAAUGCAGACUCCCCAGAUCCAUCGACAGACCUCCUCCCUAUCAACAAUAAGGAGGAGGAAGUUGAUCCCGUUGCGCCAGCUCCAGAGCCAAAACUUCCGACCCGCAAAGAUGCCUCUCUCAAAGAGUUCCUUUCCAAGAUGGACGACUAUGCGCCAAUUAUUCCUGAUGCUGUAACCAACUACUACCUCACCAAAGCUGGUUUGCCUCCGCCACCCCAGACAGAUGCCCGCCUUGCCCGUCUCCUUGCGCUCGCCACGCAGAAGUUCAUAGCAGACAUUGCAGCAGAUGCCUACCAAUACUCUCGCAUCAGAUCUUCCAACUCUUCCAAUGCAAAUAAUCCGAUGGGCAACUUAGGAGCCGCUGCUGGAUUUCCCGUCCCAGGCCAGCCAGCUACGGCACCUGGAAGUAAGGAACAGCAAGGGAAGGGGGGGCCACUUGGUAUUCAGCGACCUGGUUAUGGUGGCGGUGGACAGGGAGGCAGUCAAAACAGGACUGUCUUAACCAUGGAAGAUCUGGGAAUGGCGGUUGGGGAAUACGGCGUCAAUGUUAAACGGGGGGAGUUCUAUCGUUGAGACAGGUCUGGGCUAUAUGGGAAUGGCUAUCAGCCACGGAAAUGGCGUUUUGACUACAUAGGCGUUAUCGAUCAUUUUAUGGCUCAGUAUGCAACAUUUUUCAAAACAUCGAAGGAAUUAGUGUAAUGUGUAUGGAUGGUAACGCAACAAUCCACAACUUAUGCACAUGAACAGAAUAGGACCAAUCAACGGAGAAACGUUUUAUGUAGAGGUACUUCAGAAACAGCCACCCAUUCACGGGCUCAUGUAUAAUUGACAACUGCUUGG